GGCCCGAUGUGAUAACUGACAAACGUUAACAGAAAAGCCAGAGAGAGAGAGAGAGAGUCCACCGGAAAGCCCGCAUCGUUUAAUUCUGGUGAAAAGCGCGACAAGAAAACACAGGACCAUGUUUUCUAAGCAAAGGAGGCCGUGUGCAGAAUGGACUACCCGCCCCGACAAAAUAUUGGAGCCAAGAGAAGAUAUUUGCUCCUUUCUUGAACUGUACCGAUUAGAAAAUGAGGCAGAGAAGCUCACAAAGCAGUACGAGGAGCGCAAACAGUAUUUGGCACAUGUGAAGCAGCAGAUUAAAGAGCUGAAAAAGAACAUUGAACAAACAGACGACCGCCGGUACAGCCGUGAAAUGUUCCAAAAGGAAAAAGACAGCAAAGUUCACAUGCAGAAAGUACAAAGGGAGAUUAGACUUUUGCAGGAAAAUGAGAAGAUGAUGGAGAAGCUGAAGAAGAAGAAUGCAAAAAUGGCUGAGUGGAAACAGGAACUGCUGCGUCAGGUGGAACGACACUCAGUGUACAAGGACUUCUUGGAGAAGGUGCUCCAACAAUCUCAGUUCAAAGAUGUGGAUGAGCUUGUAAGUCAUCUCGAGAAUCUGCUCCACACCAGAGACAAGCUGUUUGAGAAGAGGAAUCAGGUGGAAGAGCAGACGGACCAGCAGAAAAAGACGCUGGAGACACUGGAGGACCAGCAUAACCUGCUGCUUCUGCAGAAGAGCAAUGAGCUGUCCCAGCUCCAGACUGAGCUGGAUCAGGCUCGCUCUGAGACUCUAGCAUGGGAAAAAAAGUGGGACCACAUCCAGGAAACGGCUGCAAAGAAAUUAGUGGAACUGGGCCAGAUUAAGAUGGCAACCGUGAACCUCUAUGAACUGACCGGUGGGGUUGUAGGAGCAGAAGGUGUGGACAUUAAUGACACAGACCUACAGCUGGAUCAGAUCAAAAUUUACAUGAAGGACCUCAAUGACAUCGUCAGACAAUAUCAGAUUAUAAUAUCGGAAAAAAACGCUGAUGCAAAAAAUUCAAAAAAAGACCGAAGGCUAAAAUUUCAUCUAAUUUUACGUCCAGCGGUUCCUGGUGUAACUGUACUACCUGCAUUCAAGUUUGUUUAUGUAAAUAAAGCUUAUGGUUUAAAUUAUUGGCUUUUUAUUGUUAUUUUCAGAAAUUCUUUGGUCUAA